AUGGUGCCGCCCCGGCGUCACGGCCCAGAAGGACACCGCCGCCGCCGCUUCCGCUUCCGCCACUCUACCCGGUACUUCCGGCGCGCCCGCCGACCGCUUCCGGCCAGAGGGGGUGGGCCCCACCGGGUCGCCAUGCGGCGGCGGGGACGGGUGGGGGCCCCCCCCCCCCCCCCCCCCACCACAACGGACCGCUCCGCCUUCGACACCAAUGUCAUCACCAUGACCCGCUUCGUGAUGGAGGAAGGCAGGCGGGCGAAAGGCACCGGGGAGUUCACGCAGCUCCUCAAUUCCCUCUGCACGGCCAUCAAAGCCAUCUCCACCGCCGUCCGUAAAGCGGGCAUCGCCAACCUCUAUGGAAUUGCUGGGUCUACCAAUGUGACAGGAGAUCAGGUAAAGAAGUUGGACAUCCUUUCCAAUGACCUGGUGAUUAACAUGCUCAAGUCAUCCUUCAGUACAUGUGUUAUCGUGUCAGAAGAAAACAAAGAUGCUGUGAUAGUGGAAGCUGAAAAACGGGGUAAAUACAUAGUCUGCAUAGACCCUCUAGAUGGCUCAUCGAACAUAGACUGUCUUGUUUCCAUUGGGACCAUCUUUGCCAUCUAUAGAAAGGUGUCCCUUGAUGAACCUUCUGGGAAAGAUGCUUUACAACCCGGGCGUAAUCUUGUGGCAGCUGGUUAUGCUCUCUAUGGCAGUGCCACAAUGCUGGUACUGGCCACUUCUGCUGGAGGUGUCAACUGUUUCAUGCUGGAUCCGGCAAUUGGGGAAUUCAUUUUGGUGGAUAGGGAUGUGAAAAUCAAAAAGAAGGGAAAUAUCUACAGUCUCAAUGAAGGUUAUGCUAAAUACUUCGAUCCUGCAGUCACAGAGUAUCUCAAAAAGAAAAAAUUCCCUGAGGAUGGCAGUUCACCAUAUGGUGGGAGGUACAUAGGAUCCAUGGUGGCUGAUGUGCAUCGCACACUGGUGUAUGGAGGAAUCUUUUUGUAUCCUGCUAACUCCAAAAGUCCCAAAGGAAAGCUGAGACUGCUCUAUGAAUGCAAUCCUAUGGCUUUUGUUAUUGAGAAGGCUGGGGGAAUAGCAACAACUGGGCAUCAAGCAAUACUAGAUAUAGUGCCUGAGGAUAUCCACCAAAGAGUGCCCAUUGUCUUGGGAUCUCCUGAUGAUGUGAAGGAGUACCUUGAGAUAGUCAAGAAGCAUUCGGCUAAGUAAAGAAAGCUUGCUGGAGUCACUGUGCAGAUGGGAAGAAAUGCCUUACAGCUGAACCAAAGAACACACUGCAGCACUGCAAGAUUGAACUGUCUGACCUCCAUAGCAAGAGAGCAAAUGAGCCAUAUUUUCAUGAGAUUUUUUUAAGUGAAAUCUUGUGCAAUUGCAUUGGUCAAUGAAAGGCACUAAAAGAUUGCAUUAAAGGAAGCAAUAAAAGUAAAAGCAAG